AUGCAGAAGAUGAAGAGCCUUGGGAGCAUUUCCAGUAGUGGGAGGCUAUCAACAGAGGAGAACGAGGAUGAGGAAGUUUCAAGAUUGGCAAUAUCAGCAUGGGAAGCUAGAGAGGAAGAGAUUGAGAGGAAGAAGAUGGAAGUUAAGGAGAAAGUUGAACUUCAAUUGGGUCGUGCUGAGGAAGAAACUAGGCGUUUGGCACAGAUUUGGGAAGAGCUCGAAGUGAUGGGAGAUCCCAUGAGGAAGGAACUUGCAAAUGUAAGGAAGAAAAUCGACAUGGUUAACCGAGAGCUGAAGCCACUGGGACUGAGCUACCAGAAGAAGGAAAAAGAAUAUAAAGAAGCGCUGGAAAGCUUCAAUGAAAAGAACAAAGAGAAGGCUCAACUUGUAACCACACUGAUGGAGAUGCUGACCGAGAGCGAGAGAUUGAGGAUGCAGAAGCUAGAGGAGCUGAGCAAGAACAUAGAACCCACACACUGA